AUGAACUUCAUCAGGCAAGUUCAUCCAGCUUCUAGCAAGGGACACACAUUCAUAAUUGUGGCAACGAAUUACUUUACCAAGUGGGUAGAAGCUUUAGCAGUAAAAACCAUAACCUCAGCUACUGUUAAAAAAUUCAUUGAAACUAAGAUCUUACACAGAUUUGGAAUGAUCGAGACAAUUGUCACAGACCGCGAGCCAUCUUUUAUUUCAAAAGAGGUAAAAGCGUUCGCAAAUAGUUCAAAGAAGUGGCACGAGAAGUUGGGAGAUACAUUGUGGGCCUGUAGAACUUCCAAAAGGGCAGGAACUGGGACUACACCUUACGCUCUGACUUUUGAGCAAGAUGUUGUGAUUCCCAUGGAAAUCAAUAUACCGAGGCUGAGGCCUAUUACUGAUCUCAUGGUUGAACCCGUCAUUCGAAUCAAUGAUAAGCUGAUGGAUACUUUGACGCUUGAGAAGAAGAGAGCUCGAGCUGAUGAUGGUCCUCCCAGAAACUUUGAUAUUGAUCCUAAAGCAUACACUUAUGAUGAUGAAGUGACCAAUGCAGAAGCUAGGAUUAGCCUUAAGCAUGUCACUUUUUGUGGCUACUGA